AUGGCCUGCAUCGGAGAAUACUGGGGUGACACAACUAACCCUUGCCAGUGCCCGCUGUGUAAGAACAGGUUCUCCAUAAAACCUGAGCUGAAAGUGAACACGUUUAUCUCUGAGAUGGUGGAUCAGUUCAGGAGGUCAGCUACAGCCGAAGGCAGCAGGAACCACCACCCUGCCAGGCCAGGAGAGGUGUCCUGUGAUGUCUGCACCAAGGCCAAGCUCAAGGCCCUGAAGUCCUGCCUGGAGUGUCAGACGUCCUACUGUGAGACCCACCUGGAGCCUCACCAGAGAGUCGCAGGUCUGAAGAGACACCAGCUGGUCGACCCUGAGGAGAACCUGGAGGACAGGAUGUGUAGGGAGCACCAGAUGAUGCACCCUGAGGAGAACCUGGAGGACAGAUCCACUCCCCAGUCAGAAGUCUUCUACAGCCCAGUGGAGACCCAGUCUGAGAGAGAGAUGGUUCCUGUCCUGAUGCUGGUGGUCAUGUUCUGGAGCACAGAGUCUGUGAGGCUUGUGGAGGGAGCUGGUCUGUGCUCUGGCAGAGUGGAGGUGAGGUCUGAUCAGUCGUGGGUCUCAGUGUGUGAAGCUGACUUUGACAGGCUGGAUGCAGAGGUGGUCUGUCGGGAGCUUGGCUGUGGGGCUCCUUCAGCCCUCCAGGGGGCGCUCUAUGGAGAAGGGAAAGGUCCACUCUGGGAUAAAGAGUUCCAGUGUGGAGGCACGGAGUCCAGUCUCCUGGACUGUGACACCUCAGACUCAGCUAGAAACACCUGCUCACCUGGCAAUGCUGUUGGACUCACCUGCUCAGGGCCAGAUGAUGUGAGGUUGGAGGGUGGGGCUCCUUCAGCCCUCCAGGGGGCGCUCUAUGGAGAAGGGAAAGGUCCACUCUGGGAUAAAGAGUUCCAGUGUGGAGGCAAUGAGUCCCGUCUCCUGGCCUGUGACACCUCAGACUCAGCUAGAAACACCUGCUCACCUGGCAAUGCUGUUGGACUCACCUGCUCAGGGCCAGAUGAUGUGAGGUUGGAGGGAGGAGAUGGUCGCUGUGUUGGCAGAGUGGAGAUGAAACACCAGGGACAGUGGAGGAGAGUGACCAGAGACUGGAACUGGAACUGGAACCGGACCCUGGACAAGAACCUAAGUUCUGCAGCUGUGUAA